AGCAGCAGAAGCAGGUCGCCACCAUUCGCGCAUUUUGCUGCCGGAGAGUGAGCUAAGGUGACCGCAGGUGUUGGAGGGAGCGCGGGACGAGGCGAGGUGUCCUUGAGGAGAGGGUGCCGCAGGAGAAAGAGGAGGAGGUGAGCGUGGCAGCAUUUAAAAAAAGGAGACGAAGAAGAAGAAAUGGCCAAAAAGAGGUGAUGGAGCAGGAGGGAUGCUGGGUUAGUGACUGAGAAGUUCAACCGUCCACUCCUCUGAGGGAAAGCAGGUGUCUGUUGUUUCAAAAAUGGAGUCCACUCACCUCCUGAGCGGCUCCAAGAAGAGAGUCAAGAUCCACCCUCACACCGUCACAGCCAAAUAUGCCACCCACGCCCCCUACUCCCCCCAACCCGGAGUGCACACUCAUUUCCCCCAGCCUGGAGACGAAGGCUACGAUGACGCUCCGUCUUUUGAGGACUUUGGUUCCUUCCUGGAGGAGACGUCGGACAGGAAACAUCUGACCGAGUCCAAGAGGUGGCCUUUGACUCUGUUCAGCUCCAAAGACAAGGACACAACCAGCAGACCUCAGGCUGCCGGGGGAGGAGAGACAAGCGAUGGAGGAGUCAGAGCGGCAAAAGGGUCUGGGAGAGGAGUUGGGGAGCAGCUUGCAAGUUUCGGAGAGGCAUCUGUGUCUGCGUCCAGGCUAACGUGGGUUGGGUUGCUUGGUGCAGCGUUAGCUCACGGUGGUUUGAUCGUUCUGACACGUCUCGCCUCUGAACGCUUCAGCCUCGGCCCCCUGUUCCUGCUCAUGGUUCGCUCCAUCGUACAGCUCGUCUCCUUGGCCGCACCCCUGCACAGGGGGGAGAACCCUUUCGGACCAGAUGGCUAUCGUAUACGUCUGCUCUGCUACGGCAUCACCUACUCUCUCUCCCUCUGCUGCGCCUACUCUUCGUUAAGCUUCGUCUCACCUGGGAAUGGCACAACUACCUGGCGUUUAGCGACCACGGCGCUGUCAGCCAUCUUGGCCUUCCUGCUCCUAGAGGAGAGGUUAGGAUUAGCUGAUGCAAUCACUGUAGCUGCAGGACUGUGCGGUUUGGGGCUUGUGUUGCUUCCCACUGCAGACGAAAGCAACACGGAUUCACCGACUGAUCCCGUGGUGUUCUGGCGGGGGGCGUUCGGAUGGUCUCUCUCUGCUCUUGCAGGGCUGUGGAUGGCUCUUGCACUCGUCGGGUAUCGCUCCCUGAAGGAGAGAGUAGGGGUUGGCACUGCUUUGUUCACAGUCAGCUGGACGGGCUGCCUGCUCGCCCCAGCCACCUUGAUUCUCCUUCAGGAAGGCUGGUCCUGGCCUACGAGCACCCCGGCUUGGGGCGUCGUUCUAGGCCUGGCUGCCUGCUCGGUCACAGCCUUCCUGGGGAUGACGCACGCCCUCACACGUCUCCACCCGGCUCUGGUGUCCGCUUCUCAGAGCUUGGAGAUACCUGUCGCCUUGCUGCUGCACCUGGCCGUGCUCCCGGUUGCUCCGACUGCACCUGAGGUCGUCGGGAACGUGAUGGUGAUACUGAGCGUGGGCUGGCUGGUGGCGAUGAAGCUGCUUCCGUCCCGUGGUGGAGGACGCCGCCAAAGAGAGGAGUAUGAGGAGAUCUUGGACUCCCCAAUUAAAUGAAUGCCACCUCCUCCACUUCCCCUCACUCCCUUCUCAAUAAGAUUGUUUCCAGUGUACAUAAGAGACUGCUAAAUGUUUCUUGGAGCUUGAUUGAUUUUGUAUUGUCCUUUUUGCUUUUGGGAAAGUGCCAAUAUUGUCUUGUGUUGUAACAUUGUGACGUGAUAUUAAAAUCUCUCUGAAGAA